GUUGGACCUUUAAGUGCCAUGUAUGACGACAUCUCAAAGGAGGAGCUCAUCAAAUUAUUUCCCGAAAUGGAAAAAGGGGGCCGCCUCCGCCCCAAGGGGUGUGUACCCAGACAACGACUUGCGGUUAUCUUUCCUUACAAGAACCGUUAUUCUCACCUGCACAUUAUCUUGAAUAAUCUCCUUCCCUUUCUGACACGACAGCAGGCAGAUGUCACUUUCUUCGUCAUUGAACAGGUAAUCAAAGGAAUGGGACAUUUUUUUUUUGGUCAUUCCAAAUUUAUUUUGGGAGCCCACGUGACUUAAAACUCGUAAAAUUACAUCCAUAAUUCAGGGAAACCGGAAAUUUGAUCGAAAGAAAUUUCGUCAACGGUAAAUUGAUCGACGGUUAUUUGAUCGAACGGAAAUUUGGUCGAAUCAUUUGGUUUUUUUUCAGUUCACACGUUAAAAUUUUGCUUCAAAUUUCUUUUUGAACGCAAUAUGCUAUGUAGUAAAACAAAAUUAAUGCGUUCAAAAAGAAAUUUGAAUCCAAAUUUUAACGCAAAAUCUGAAUUUAAAAAAAGAUUCGACUAAAUUUCCGUUCGAUCAAAUUACCGUCGGUCAAUUUACGGUCGACGAAAUUUCUUUCGAUCAAAUUUCCGGAUACGACAAUUCAGCGUAGUAAAAUGUUGCGCUCAAGCACUUUGAACUUUAGCAACGCUUUGCUGUAACGGGUUAAAUGGAAAGGUUUUGAAAUAGAAUUACAUAAAACUUUCCAGACGCCUCUUUCCAAAAGUCGAGAAUAUGAGUCACAUUUUGAGAUUUUGGGGCAAUUUGUCGUACCAUCGAAUCCGAAGAAAGCGGCACGGACAUCUUCGGUGGACACUGUGGAGUUUCCGCUUGUGCCCGUCAUUUGUGAUCCAAUACUUCCCUGCCAUAGAAGAGCCUAACUGAGAACGCGUGCCUCGUAGAUUCUUUACAUUGCGCUUUCACUGAGUUGAGAACAAUGUUUUCUACACGAGCUUAUCUAAUCUUGCAAUCUGCUUUUGAGAUCCUGAUGUUCAUGGUCGGAGCCCCGCUGCCACCGUGUAUCAAGUUUGUCUACGUUACAAACGCCAGUGACUCAAGGGCUACGUACCUCCUGUAUCAGGCUAGUUAUAUCAUGCCCUGCAUCAGGUUAACUAUGCAUUGCCCUGCAUCACGUUAACUACGUCAUGUCCUGUGUUGAGUUACCAACGUCCCUUCCAGUUCAAGUUAAGUACCUACGUCCUGUAUCAGGUUAACUACGUCCUGCCCGGUGUUGAGCUACCAACUUCCCGUCCAGUUGCAGUGACGUACCUACGUCCUGCUCUGUAUCAGGUUAACUACUUACUGCCCUGUAUCAAGAUGCCGACGUCCAGUACAGUUCCAGUGUGAGUUAUAUACGUCCUGCCUGGUAGUGAGCCAUCAAAGUCGUGUCCGGUUCCAGUGAAAUAACUACGUCCCCCCCCUCCCAGUAUGCAGUUACCAACGCCCUGUCCUGCAACGGCGACCCACCUACGCACUGUGCAGCAUUAAAGCAUCAACUAUCCAAUGUAGGCGAGGGCAUAUGACGUGUCCAGUUUCCGGUGAACUGUCGAUGUUCCGUGACCCUGUCCAGUCACCUACACCCUAAUGACUGUGUCACGUGAAUUGCCAGCAUCUAGUGACAAUUGUUAAAGUUUUAGUGAGGACUAUCGACACUUAACUUAAACAUCUCCCAACAACCUCUGCUUGAGAACCUUUCACACUUAUUUAAGCCCCGUGACCCCAGUUCCUUCAGUGUCAUUUAUUCAUAUGUAUUUAACUUCACGCUUUUUUAUGAUGGACAUUUCCACAACCCAGACAAUUUAGAUUUGUGUGGUUGAAAACAUUUUGUGUUUGCAAAUUAAUGUAUAUUGAAAUGUUUUACCCUUUUUUUAGAAUUUAACUUUUUGGACAUAUUUGGGUUUUAAAGACCGUGAUUGGCCCAUUAAAUUAGAGUUAAUCAUUAUUCACUAUAUCCUCCCCCAUAAAUUUGUAUUACUAUGGCUGGCUGUGCCAGUGAGAAAUGGAGUUUUGAAGAAACUAGGAAGAGAAACUAGAGGCGUAAAUAAGAGUGAAGUUUGAAGAACAAGAAUUAUAGGAAGAAAAAUAACUUAUGGCUGGACGGAAAGAGGAAGAGCGUAUUGAGAUAGAUGCAGGGAUAAAACGAACUAGAUAAGUUCAAAAUAGAGACAGCUAAACAGAGAGAGAAGAAUCACGUAUGGCGAGAGAGCAGGAACGUAUAGAUAUAACUAAACAAAGACAACACGAGCUAGAUAAACUAUAGAUAAAGAUAUUAGAUUGGCGGAAAUAGAGGCAUAUGGACGGAAAAUUAUUAGGGAGAGACAGGCAUAUUACUACAACGACAGUGACGAUGAUGAGAGUCAGGGGGGAAGAAAUAGAUGCCAUUGUCAGUAUUUACUGUGAGAACCCCUUUGAACAAUAUAAUGGGUUUUGUAACUAUGCAACUAAAAAUAACUUUAUUGACGACUAUGGGGAUAGGGAACGCAAUAUUGGACCUACUCAUGACUCUGAACCCGAUCUUGAGUUGGCCUCACAACCUCAGUUCAUGGCUUAUGAUACUAAGGAACAACAUGCUACUAUUGCCUCUUUUGACGGGAUAGACGACUCAAAUUAUUUAAAUGAAUUUAAGAGUAAAUUGUUAAUUGGUCUCAGUCUUUCUUUCAGACAGUUUUCCCCGGGGGCACUUAAAAAUUUUGGGUGUGCUGUGCCAGUUCCAAGUCGCCAGAGGCGUAGCUAAGAGGGGCAUAUGGGGGGGGGGCAAAUGGACUUUGGUGGCAUUUAAUGGUUGAAAAAAAAUCAUGUUGAGAGUUGAGGGGGGGGGUGUAAAAAUGACACCAAACACUGUAGAUACGCACCUGCUAGUUGCGUCGAUAUAAGGUGGAUGGGCUGCUCCACCGAGUAGGAUGGGCUGGUCCACCAAGAUGUCACUUUUUCUUUAUAUGCAGCUGUGGUAUUUUCGGUCAACUGCAGAGUUUGUGUCGGGAAAGGGAGGACAGCAAAAAUAUUUGUCCACCCAUGGCGUCACUAAUAGUAGCUGCGUCACUAGGCAUUGUGUCUAUCGAUACCGAAAUCGGGCGCUCAUUUUCAUCGGGAAGUAGGGCGGAAAUUGAGGGCGCUCAUGAGUCUACUUGUAGAGUUUAGGGGUGACGUGAUGAUCAACAUUCAAGUUUUUUUUUAAAAGGAACGAUUACACAUUUUUAAGCCCCCCCCCCCCGGCAAUCCCCUUCUCAAAAAUUUCCGCUUAGCCUCCAAAAAGUUUGGUUGGGGUUUGUGGAGGGGGCUCCACCUGUAAAACGUUUUUGGGGGAGGGGCUCUACUUAAAUAUUAUUACUUUUUUAUUUCUUUGGGUACCUCUCGUUUCCCCCCCCCCCUUCCUUCAGAGUCCAACUUCAACCUUCAACAAAGGGGCGGUGAUGAACAUCGGUUUCCUGGAAGCGGAGAAGAUGGCAAGAUUCGAUUGUUUCAUCUUCCACGACGUCGAUUUGAUUCCGCUGAACGACAGCAACCUUUACAGAUGCGGUCCGCAACCACGACACUUUGCCGUCGCCAUGAAUAAAUUUAACUAUAAGUAAGUAGUAACAAGAACUUUAACCAAAAAAAAUUAUUUUUUUUACAAAGUUAACAUCCAUGUACCCUUGUGGCUUGUAUUCCAAGCUGCUGUAGAUAUAUUUCCACAUAGUCUAUACAUGUGAGCCUAGGUCUGCCUUCGAGUCGUUUUCGCCUGGGGUUUUGAUUGGUGCACCCUGUUUACUCCUCUGACAUUUGUCUUUUUUAAAACAAGUGUCUCCCUCCCCCCAUGAGCUCCCUUCUUUUAAAAUCUCCGCUACUUUCGUGGUAUGCUGGUAGAGUACACACAAUACAUGGGUUGGUGCGUAGUCUCUACUCAUAUUCAUCCUUAGUUGGUCCAUAUAUUUUCAGGGUAAAUAUUUCCCUCCCAUUUGUUGAAUAAGUUGUCUGCUGUUUUUCGUAAGUUGCAAAGGCUCAGUGGCGUACAAUUUUAAGAUAAUAAGGAGAGUGAAAUACUGCAACAGUGUUAGGUAGAAGGAAAUAUGUGAAUCACGGUAGGGCAAAACCUGGGGAAAAGGACGCAAGAAAACAACGAAGGUGUCCACAAGAUGCCUUCGUCAGGGACAAACAAGGAGUGACACAAAAAACAAUAAAAAUAAACUCCUUGAGGACAUGUUACAGCUAAGAGGACGGCAAGCCGAUCAGUAGAUGUUCAUACAUGUCAGUACAUGUUAGUACAUGUCAGUACAUGUCAAUACAUGUCAUCACAUGUCAGUACAUGUCAGUAGAUGUCAGUACAUGUCAGGACACGUUAGUACGUGUCAGUACGUGUCAGUAAAUGUCGUUGCAUGUCAGUACGCGUCAGUACAUGUCAGUACAUAUCACUACAUGUCGUUCUAUGUCAAUACAUGUCAGCACAUGUCAAUAUAUAUAUAUAUAUUUAUAUAAGUACAUGUCAAUAUAUGUCAAUACAUGUAAGUAGAUGUCAGUAGAUGCCAGUACAUGUCAAUACAUAUGAGUACAUAUCAGUACGUAUCAGUACAUGUCAGCACAUGUCAGUACACGUCAGUACGUGUCAUUACAUGUCAAUACAUGUCAGUACGUGUCAUUACUUGUCAAUACUUGUCAGCACAAGUCAUUAAAUAUCAGUACAUGUCAUAAUGUGUCUGAACAUUUCAGUACAUGUCAGUGUCUCCCCUUCUCCCCCUCUUAAGCAGCCGUGACUAUUGUUUGAUUGCUUUUGCAUGCAGCUCAGGUAAUCACAGGUAGAGGUAAUAAUAAAGGACUUUUUUGUUUAAUGUUGUUGUUAUUGACCAAUGAAAUGAGCUUUCUAUCCUUUACCAUCCAGGCCCCCGUACGUAGACUUUUUUGGCGGGGUCGUUGGAAUGUCCAGGGAACAGUACCGGACCGUCAACGGGAAUUCCAACCUUUACGUCGGGUGGGGUGGGGAGGAUGACGACAUUUUCCUCAGGUGAGCAUGUGAUCAAACGACUACAUCACAUCUCACGACUACAUCACAUCAUAAGACUAAAUCACAUAAAACAACUACAUCACAUCUAACGACUACAUCACUUAAAACAACUAGAUCACAUCAAUCGACUACAUCACAUCUAACGAUUACAUCACAUCAAAUGACUACACCACAUCAAACGACUACAACACAUCUAACGACUACAUCACAUCAUACGACUACAUCACAUCAAACGACUACAACACAUCUAACGACUACAUCACAUCAUACGACUACAUCACAUAAAACAUCUACAUCACAUCUAACGACUACAUCACAUCAAACAACUACAUCACAUCAAACGACUACAUCACAUCUAACGACUACAUCACAUCAAACAACUACAUCACAUCUAACGACUACAUCACAUCAAACAACUACAUCACAUCAGACGACUACAUCACAUACAACAACUACAUCACAUCAAACGACUACAUCACAUCUAACGAAUACAUCACAUCAAAUGACCACGUCGCAUCUAACGACCACAUCCCAUCUAACGACUGCCAACAAGCUUCUCUACCUGACAGGUUAAGACGUAAAGGAUUUCCAGUCGCUCGUUACGACCUGAAGACAGCCAAGUACGACAUGAUCAAACACACGAGAGAUGAAGGCUACGCAGAUAAUCCUUACAAGUACUGCUCCAGAUUUAAGUUUAGUUUAACUUUUAUUCGACUAUAGUCUACAUUGUAAAUCCUUUCAUUAAUUUUUUUUUUAAAUAUAUAUUUUUUUAAAAACUAGUUUGAGUUUUAAAUAUCGUUGAAACAAAACUCGGUGAGAAAAAAUUAGGAAAAUGAGGAAAAAUGAGGAAGCUGCACGAAUCGAAGAGGGGAGGAUUGCAAGGGUUUCUUAAAGUUGUCUCAUUUGACGUCCAAAUUUCACUUCACAAUUUAUGAGAAAAUGAGAAAACCGUCUUUCAAUCACUGGUUUAAACCAAAUGACUGCAUUUACUGUAACUCUUUUGACUGCAAACCCUGUUCCUAAGGUGUGCGUGUUGUUUCCACUGUAGAAUAUUGUAUUCUCCUGAGUACUUAGAAUAUCUGAGGCCAUUUUUGUCUCGCGUUAUGACCUCUAAUUUAAAUUCUUCUUAUAAGUUAUUUUCUUAUUAAGCGAUUUUUAAAUUUUGGUUUUUGAAAUAUUUUUUUUUUUACAAUAAUCACAACUGAUUACGAUUUUUUUAUUUAAAAAAAAAAAUAAUAAAACAAUCAAUACUGAAAAUGGUGACCAUCAAUCUGUUCAGGGAAAUCUUUCUGAAAAGUGCCGCCAAACGACAAGACAUCGAAGGUCUGAACACCGUCAAGUACAAGGUGAAUAAAGUCACCUUCGAUCACCUGUAUACCUGGAUUACCGUGUCAAUCAACAACGUCGAAGUUUUAGGGUGA